CUUUUCAAAGUUUUCUCCUUUCUCCUUUCACCUUUUCUUUUUCCUUUUAUUUUUUUUCUUGUUCUUUUGCUUUGGUGAGCACCGAGCAACCACUUGACUUUCCUUUCCUCCAAACAAAGACAUGACAGAGAAAUCAAGAUUGACUUGUUAUGAAACGAGCGAAAAUUAAAAGAAGACCAAAAUCAUGAUAACGGAAUUGGAAGGCCAUCAAGAGAAUCAAACCCAGAGAGAUAUGGUGAAUGUAAAUGUGAACAAUGGUGGAGUGAUGUAUGUCAAAGUGAUGACCGAUGAGCAGUUGGAGACUCUGAGGAGCCAAAUUGCUGUUUAUGCCUCCAUUUGUGAGCAGCUCGUUGAGAUGCAUAAGAACCUCACCGCCCAGCAAGAUCUUGCAGGUGGUAGGCUGGGGAACCUCUAUUGUGACCCUUUGAUGGCAUCUGCUGGGCACAAAAUUACUGCCAGGCAGCGGUGGACGCCGUCCGCUGUGCAGCUUCAGAUUCUGGAACGUAUCUUUGAUCAGGGGACUGGAACUCCGAGCAAGCAAAAGAUCAAAGAGAUAGCCUCGGAACUGAGCCAGCAUGGCCAAAUUUCUGAAAAUAAUGUCUAUAACUGGUUCCAAAACAGACGGGCUCGGUCUAAGAGGAAGCAACUGGGGUCAUCAUCCAACAAUGCUGAAUCAGAACAGGAGACGGAAGUCGAGUCGCCGAAUGAAACGAAGACGACUAAACCUGAGAAUCUUCUCUCUCAGCAGAAUCCUGCACUUAGAGCUCAAGAUCUCUGCUUCCAAAACCCUGAGAUAUCCUCUGAAUUGCAUUUCUUGAGUGUAAUGUCCAAUCCAAAUGCAUACAAUGGAGAUGAACAUAUGUCUGGAAAAAUGGGAAUUCCGGGGACUUACAACAUUUACGACCAGGCUGAAGAUUACGGCAUGGCGGGUUGAGACAUUAGAGUUGGUUGUGCAAACAUGCCAUCCAAGACUCUGGUUUUUGGACCUAUGGAGACGAAAGAAUUUGGUUUAAUCAUGGAACAAUAGCAUGAUUAACAUAGUAGUGAAGCUAAUUACUUAUAGUUUGAACAUGAAACGAGGCAAGUUGAGUUGGAAAUAGAUUUCCUAGUAUGAUUGUGCCACUGUGAUUUGGCUUUGUUUUCUUGGUUGUUUCGUUAAUAGAAGGAACCCCAUGAAUGUUUUGGCGAGUUCUUCGUUGAAAUUAUGACGGUGCUUGAUUU